CAGUUUCUUCGUGGGCUCACCUUCAAAAAGGUGGAGCCGUUUGUCUACGGUAUCUGCGAGCUUUUGAAAUCCCCCUGGCAAAAAACCUGCUUCUUUCGCUUCGAUGAUGGCCUUUAAAGUGCUUGUGGUUGUGUGUGUGAUGUGCUUCAGGUGGAAUGUGUGAAGAUCUGCGUGAUUUUCAAGUUCUCGGGAUGGAGUCCUUCGCUGAGGACCCAGCUGAGAAGACCGGUGAACUCCUGCCCUUUGACGCACCGCAGUCGACGCACUGCGUUCCGGUCACUUUGUUCAAGGCAUCAUUUCAGCCAUCUCGCGGUUUUCGGCAAUUCGCUGGACCUCUUAUUUUAUCGUUCGCGUGUGAGUGAUUGGUGGAUGUGGUGCGUCUGGUGACGCACCGAGGAGCCCUCUGCCCUCAUGUCGGUCGAGACGAAGACACGCCAGACGCACCGUCGGCGGCUGAAGAGAAACCAGCGCCUUGCAACCCUCCGCCCGGCUCCCUUGUCGAUACCCUUGUCAAUUCCCAUGGUGCCGCACCUUAGCUCAGUCGUGCGAGUGAUGGACCCCUUCGACGGCCCCCUCAUUGUGCUCUUCAACGCCCACCAGGCGCCCGCACGCACAGUCGCUUUGGCCCUCUUGCUGACGAAGGGCGGAAAGGUCUUCUGUGUGGUGCCGUCAAUGCAGCUUUCCGGCCUUCAUGAGACGAUGGCUGCCAUCGACGCCAACGGCGGACGCGCAGCUGCCCACGAAGCUGACGUGUCGAGACGAUCGGCGGUGCUGUGUGGGAUGGACGAGGCGAGAAGGUGGGGCGGCAGACAGGUGGAUUAUGUUGUGGUGGCAGACAGAGGCGACCGUGCUCGCGAGGAGGUGGACGACGACGUGAUGGCUUUGGAUGUGGCUGAGAUGGAGAGGGAGAUGGAUUGGGGGCUGCUGCCGCAUGUGUGGGCCACACAGGCGGCGGCCAGGGAAUGUGUGCACGCGCCGAGGCAAACGGUGAGGACCAGAAAGAAAGAAAAGACACGCACGGAUCACUCAUGGACGGAAUGAAAUGAAUCCAAUGUGCGUCUGUGUAUCUUUGUCUGUCUGCCUGGUGCAGCCACUGUUCUUCUUUCACGCCAUGACGGCCCCAGGCCUAGGCCGCAUCGGCCCCCUUGUGGACAGCACCCACAGCGCCAUUCACGAGCUCACUCAAGCGAGGAGGACGUACAACCACCUGCCAGUGUCCCCCGGCCGCCCCCUGUUCGCCUUCUCCCUCACCCUCCCCGCCCCCGAGCCCCCGCCACACUCGCUCACCCCUCUUCUGGAUGCACUCAUGAGCACAUCCACACCGCCGCCAUUCCCUCCCGGCAGCAACCUGGAGGUCGAUCCGUCUGGGAGGCCGAACGAGCUGCCCAGAUUCCGGGAAGUCACUAGUGGAGCUAUGCACCCCAGGAGUCCGCCCCGAGAAAGGGUCGUCCAGUCGCGAACAAUGGCGUCGCUUCCAUCGUUGCCUGGGCUGGUGUGUGUGGUCAGCGACGCCAGCAGCGAUGUCGGGCAGGCGAUCGCUGUCGCUCUGGCGAAGAAGCGGGUGCAGGUACGGUGCUGACAAACACAUGAGACGCUUGCAAGCAUCCUGUGUCGUUUGUUGUGUGUGCAGAUGGUGGUGUGUGGCGGCCGCGAGAGUGCUGAGAUUGUGCGGGGCAUCGAGGAUGAGGGCGGCUCGGCGGCACCAUACGAGGGCACAAUUGACGGCGCUUUCACAUUCGCUGGUCGGUCAAACAAAUCACAAAGACACGCCCUAUCGUAAACACGAACUAUGUAUGUAUCGUUGAUCUCUCUUCAUCAGAGACGCACUACGGCCACUGUGUUGACGUCUACAUCAACACCAAUGGCGGUAGACGGGAUCAACGAGCCGACGGGCUGGACGACGCGCGAGAGGUGUGGCGCGCCGAGGUCAUCGGGGCGGUGAGGGGAUGUCAGAUGGCCAUACGGCACUUCCAGGCAGCGAAACCGCCAAAGGUGAGUGACCAGGGAGAAACGAGAUGAGCAAACACAAUGCAUAUUGGUGGUUGGAUUGAUGGAUGGAUGGAUGUGCGCAGACGAGUGCCUGCUGGGUGCUGAAUUUGACGUCGCGGCGAUGUGUCGCCUCCCACCUCACGACCGCGGCGCUGCACACACUCACCAGGUGGCUGGCGCACUCGACCGGCGCGUGUGCGGUGAGGCGGCAUCACCCCCUGCUUGAUGUACGCGUGGUGGCCAUCGACACGUCCGGUGCUCAUCCGAAGGUGCGACAAGGAACGAUCAGAGAUACACUAGCGCAAGCGUUGAUGAGCGAACAUGUGUGACUUUUGUCUUUUCUGUCUGUCAGGGUGUUGGGGAUUUUGUGGUGUCGCUGCUGAGUGGGCAGGGGUCCGCAUGGGAGAGCGGCUCGGUGAUCAGACUCGACUGCAACGGCAGUCCGCAGAAUGUGGCCCCUGACUGACUGAUGGAUACCUGGAUGGAUGGAUGGAUGGAUGGAUGGAUGGGGAAGGUGUGCCUACAUAACCUAACGGUACGGUCGGUUGUGUAUUUUUCUCCCUCUGUCUGCCUGCCUGCCUGCCUAUCUGCUGUCGACUGAUGACGGCAGCUCUCGUGUGGGCCUGUGUGCCAGGGGAGAGGGGGAUCCGUUGAUGCAUGAGUUUAUAUGGGGGGCCCUCGUCUCGUCUCGCUGUCCGAAAGGAAGUGGAGGGGAGGGAGGUGGGACCACACUCAUUCGGUGAGUGAGUGCAUACGUGGGAUGGAUGAAUGUCUAUGCAAUGCAUACGGCCGGGCGGGGAACAGACAGGGGUAAUGCACUGCGCAUGUUUUCAUGCCUUCAUUCCAUUGCAUUCCAUACCGCUCUUUUUUCGUCGAUCUGAUCGACGGAGACGUUUUUCUGCUGCUUGAACUUCCUUGCUUCAUACCGGGGGAUGAGCAUACAAACAUAUCACGUGUGUGCGUGUGCGUGUGCGUGUGGGUGUUGGUGUGGGUAUGGCUGCAUGUGUGCGUGUGCGCUGCGGUAGGGUGGCAUCUGACCAGACGCCAGCCUACCGCAGUGUGGGCGAGAGAGAGGAGACAGGGUGAGAGGGGGGCGGGGGGGAGAAAAAUGGCUAUUUGUCUCACUCAGUCACUCACUCACUCGUGAUUCCGGGGCAAAACUGUUUUCAUGACAUUUGCGUGCGUAUGGGUUGGGUGGUACACAUGUCUGCCUGCCUGCCUGCCAGCAUCCUAACCACAAGAACGACUUUGCCCGUCUGCGUGUCUCUCCGUGCGUGAUUGUCUGUGAUUGCCUAUGGGGGGAUGCGAUACAUGCGGUGUGCAGGACCAUCCUGACUUCAUAUAUGCCUUUACUUACAUGGCACUUUGGACUCGCAGUGCGUCGAUGGAUGUGUGAGAGGAAGUGCAUUAUGAGGGGACACAUGCGUUAAAACGUUAGUCGUUCAUAUGCCUUCUGUCUGUCUGUCUGUCUGUCUGUCUCUUGAUCGAUCGAUAUGGGUCGCGAGGGAGGGGGGAGGGAGGGAGGGAGGGAGGGCGGGUGGGCAGGACCGAACGACUGUCCGAGUAUGGGUGUGUCCGACUGUAUGCAGUGAAUGACCCACUUGAACAGAAAUGAAUGGACCGUCAUUGAGCUAUCCAACCAAAGUCAAU